AUGGUGCGAGUAUUACUAGCACUUGCAGCGAGCAAAUCUUGGAAGUUGUGGCAGAUGGAUGUGAAGAAUGCCUUUCUACAUGGAGAAAUUGAUCAAGAUAUCUACAUGGAGCAGCCAAGUGGUUUCCAGAGUAAAAGGCAUCAAGAUUACGAAGGUAAACUAGCAAUAGUGCUAGUAUACGUGGAUGACUUAAUCAUCACUGGAGAUAAUGACAGUGAGAUUGAAAGGACAAGAGAGAACUUGUUUGUGCGAUUCCAAAUGAAGGAACUUGGAGAACUAAAGCAUUUUAUUGGGUUAGAGAUUGACCAAAGCAACAAAGGCAGAUUCCUCUGUCAGCAGAAGUAUGCCAAAGACCUAUUAAAGAAAUAUGGGAUGCUUGAAUGCAAGCCAAUUGCCAAACCUAUAGAGGUUAACGCCAGACUAUGUUCGGAAGAAGGAAAAGACUUGGAAGAUGUAACUAUGUACCAACAAAUAGUUGGUAUUCUAAUCUACUUUACAUUAUCACGACCAGAUAUAGCUUAUGCAGUUGGUGUGGUUAGCCGGUUCAUACAAAUACCAAAGAAGCCGCAACUUGAAGCAGUAUGUCAAAUACUGAGGUAUGUGAAGGGUACGAUAGACCUUGGUCUAUUAUAUAAGAAAAGUGGAGUAUGCAAGAUAGUUGGGUACUGCGAUGCUGACUAUGGUGGUGAUCAUGAUACACGACGAUCAACUACUGGAUACGUAUUCAACCUUGGCUCAGGAGCAAUCUCUUGGUGUAGCAAGAGACAACCUACAGUAUCUUUAUCAACCACGGAGGCUGAAUACAGAGCAAUGGCGAUGGCAGCACAAGAAAGCACAUGGCUUAUACAUUUAAUGAGGGAUCUUCAUCAACUAGAUGAUUAUCCAAUGAUAUUGCGCCGCGACAAUCUAUCAGCAUUCUGCUUGGCUGAGAAUCCAGUGUUUCAUGCCAGGACUAAGUAUGUGGAGGUACACUAUCACUUCGUGAGAGAGAAGGUACUUCAAGAAGAAAUCGAGAUGAGUCAUGUGAAGACCGAUGAUCAAGUUGCAGACAUACUCACAAAAGGACUUAGCAAUACUAAGUUCACCGAAUUCAAAAAACAACUUGGCAUGAUGACCAAGGCAGAAUUGUGA